AAUUCGCCGUCUUCUCCUCCAGUUGGUAGUCAAAGUUUCCAGUCGCUCCUCAAAAGAAUUCCCCAAGAAAAACCUAAAAAUGAACAAGGGUCUGUCAAUUUUCGCCCUGAUGAUCGGAGCGGCUCUUUUCAUCGCUCAAAUGCCAUUCCAUUCGGAAGCAGCACCCGUCGACGAGCCCCAGUUCCUGUCCAUCGACUUGGCGGAUAUGAUGGAAGAUGGUCUUACCACACCUUCACCUUUAGAAGAUGAGUCAGUAACACUGGCGACAGACGUUGAGGAUGACCGAUGUCUUACCUGCCCUACUAAGACCACACCCCAUCACACUAAACCUACCACUAAACCCACUCACCCCACCAAGAAAACCAAGCCAACCACUAAACCCACUCACCCCACCAAGAAAACCAAGCCAACAACUAAACCCACUAAACCCACUCACCCUACCAAGAAAACCAAGCCAACCACUAAACCCACUCACCCUACCAAGAAAACUAAGCCCACAACUCGUAAGCCGUGCCCCACCGUCUGUUACCCUCAUCCAGUAUGCCCUCCCUGCCAGCAUCCCGUUGAAGAUGAAGUCGAAGUGGCUGCCGAUGAUGAUGACGCAGUUGUCGAAAAAAUCGCCCCAGUCGUGGAUUUUGAAUGAGGCAACCGAACUUGUUGGAAGCUUUCCCCGGUUGAAAUGUUUGAAUGCGUAAUAUUAUAUUCUAUAAUAGAUUUUUAGAUCGUUAUCUGGACGCUAUGAAUUGGAAGCUAAAUUUCAGUUUCAUUUCGCUUUUUGCUGGCCCAAAAAACAAACCAAUGGCUCUAUUGAUUUAUGAUUUUUGACUUGGCGAAAAGUGAAUAACAAUAAACCUAUUCAAAUUCUUUAA